GCUCUGCGCAUGGGCGGGAGCCCUCAGCGCUUUGCCGCGCAGUGCGCAGGCGCGCUCAGGACUCUCACGCGCUGGUGCCGGCGCCGGAGCGGCCGCUUUCCCUGCGAGGCCGGGUCACUGAUUUGCCACUCUGCAGAUUACACAACUCUACACCCGUUGCCAUGGAUGAACUGCAGGAUGUGCAGCUGACAGAGAUCAAACCCCUCCUGAACGAUAAGAAUGCUGCUCAGAACUUCCAGGACUUUGACUGCCAGGAGCAUGACAUCGAGACAGCUUUUGGAGUUGUCCAUGUCACCAUGCGGGGCACCCCAAAGGGGAAGAGACCUGUCAUCCUCACUUACCACGACAUUGGCCUCAACCACAAAUCCUGUUUCAAUGCUUUCUUUAACUUUGAAGACAUGCAGGAGAUUACCCAGCACUUUGCUGUGUGCCAUGUGGAUGCGCCAGGCCAGCAGGAGGGAGCUCCCCCUUUCCCGACUGGGUACCACUAUCCUAGUAUGGAUGAAUUGGCUGAAAUGCUGUCUGCUGUUCUAACCCACCUGAGCCUGAAAAGCAUCAUUGGGAUUGGAGUUGGAGCUGGUGCUCACAUCCUCAGCAGGUUUGCACUGAAUCACCCCGACCUGGUGGAGGGGCUUGUGCUUAUCAAUGUUGAUCCAUGUGCAAAAGGCUGGAUGGAUUGGGCAGCAGCCAAGUUUUCAGGCUGGACGACCAACAUAGUGGACAUUGUCUUGGCUCACCAUUUUGGUCAUGAAGAACUGCAGGCUAAUCUGGACCUGAUCCAGACUUACAGACUCCAUAUUGCACAGGACAUUAACCAAGAGAACCUUCAGAUGUUUCUUGCCUCGUAUAACAGCCGCAGAGACCUGGAAAUUGAGAGGCCAGUUCUGGGCAUCGGUGAAAACACAACAAAAACAUUCAAGUGCCCUGCCUUAUUAGUGGUUGGUGACAGCUCGCCUGCCGUUGAAGCUGUGGUUGAAUGUAACUCACGUCUGGACCCCAUCAACACUACGCUCCUGAAGAUGGCAGACUGUGGAGGGCUGCCCCAAGUGGUUCAGGUAAGAAUUUGUCUCUGUUCUCUGGCUCGUGUUUUCCACAGCCUGGCCCCAGCUCUGCACAUGUUAACACCUCAUGUUUUGUCUCCUCAGCCUGGGAAGCUGACAGAAGCCUUCAAGUACUUUGUGCAGGGAAUGGGCUACAUGCCAACAGCUAGUAUGACUAGACUGAUCCGCUCCCGUACCCACUCCUCCUCCAGUGUGGGCUCUGGAGAGAGUGCCCCCAGCCAGUCGCACAUCAGCAACCAAGGGGAGGGGACUGCUGGUCCCCCAGAAGCAGCUGAUGUCCAGGACACACCGCAAACCAUGGAAGUAUCCUGCUAAGAGGAAACUUUCUGGAUCCAGACAACUUCAUCCUCCCCACAGACCCCACCCAGAAUCUCUAGCAUUUCAUCUAGCAAAAACGAGAGUUUUCUCUAACCUGUGCAUGCGCAUCCAAGCCGCUGCCUCCUUGAUAGUCUGUGCUUGGUGCUACUUUGGUCCUUUUUGUAUGUCUCUGGGAACAGAACCACUUUAAAAGUCAUUAACAUUCCACAGGCCCAGUGAAUCCAGUUGCUAUACAUGCUCGUGCCCCCUCCUUUCUGUGCUUUCUGUGCUGUGUAUCGAUCCAACAACAGCCAUUGUUUCCCUCUUUAAUUUAAAUCUGAUGUCUGUGGCUUUGUGAGGUUAGAAUUGCUUCCUAGUCGUGCUUCUGCUAAAGGACAUUAGGACUUUUGUGGUGCAGUUCUUAGGGCAUUUGGGGGGUGAGAGGAAGCGAGCCCACAAUGGUGCAAAACUCCAGGCAUGGGAGGCGAGUCUUAUUCCACACAGAGCGCUGAGCACGGCAAAGCGUCCUUGCACUCCUCGGGCUGGUGGGGUUCAAAGCACUCCUGGGGGGAUGGGACAGUCAUAACUAUUGUCUUGGUCUCGUGUGUUCAGAAUGAGCAGAGCCAUCUCUUACCUGAACCUCUUGAAAGGGCAAAGGAAUUUAAUGAGUUAAUUCUCACUAAUUAAAAUGCACUAUUAAGCAGAGUACAAGGGAUUACACUGUUGGACAGCUGUGACCGUGGCUUUGUCGACCCACAGGGACCCUCCAGAGCAGUUAGCAGGAGGGCCGGAUGCAGACGGGAUCGUUUAUAACAUGUGGUCACGUGUCCUCAUAACUGGACUCUUUGCUGUGACUUUUAGAAAACUCUAACACUCAGUACGUUGUGAAGUGGGCAGCAGUGCCCAGCUGCAGGCCUGGGAUCCAGAAAUGAGCCGUGGGGGAGCUUGCUGUUCCUGCUGUGCCAGCAUCCACUUAGCACUGCCACACGGCCCAGCUGGAUUGCUAGAGCAGGGUAUCCCAAUUCAGUUGUUGCUGCAAAAAUGCCAGUGAAUCUGACUCCAGUCAGAGAUGGCCUGUAUUCCCAGGCCUGGAGCUUGUGGCUAACCAAUGGCUAGGGAAUGUCACCCUGCAGAUUCUGUCUUCAUUGAAUUCACAAGUCUGUUGCUCUUUUUGUAUGUGGUGAAUCACAGAGGAUAGCAGGCAAAUUAAUGACCCAGUCACACAGCAUGGGAACUCUUCACUGAGAUGAGGGAUAAGCUGUCAGGUCACUGCAGGUCUUUUGAUAAAGUCAAGGUAACGCAUCCUCUUUCCGCUGCUUCCCAGUUCUGACUGGUAGGGAACUGGCUCCUCAGAGCUUUCAUAUUCUGCUCCGCUCAGGUAGGGAAUGGGACCGGGAGGCUCUGGCUGAGGGGCACUUUGUACCAAUUAUUAAAUAAAGCUACAAAUGAGUCAUUGUUA